AUGCUGUCCCUGCCCUGGGGACGCCACCUGGGAACUGCAGACACCUUCCCGACCAGGCAGCCCGCACUAGGGACCAGCCAAUGUCCCGCCACGGCCCCCCGCUCUGACUCAGGGCUGUUCCUGUACCCGCCCCUCCAGCCUGCAGCGCCCGUCCGGGCUGACAUGAAGACACACACGUCCGUCACUCUGCUGGCAGUCCCGGGGGGCGGGCCCCCACGAGCGGCCUUCAGGGCGCAGCCACGCGCCGGCCGCCGGCGGGAGGCACGAGGCGACCCGCUGCUGAGCGCGCCGCGACGCCGAGAAGCCGAACCGCGCCCUCCUGAGGACCUCGAGAUGCAGAGACGGUGCCACCCCAGGCCCGACCUCCGCAGGGAAGGCGCCCGCUCGGAGAGCAAAGCCGCCGCACGCCCCUCGCUGCGUUGCGGGCGCCACCCCACGACCCCCUACCCUGGGCUGAGAAUUCAGAGCGUUACUCACACGCUCCGCGACGCCCAGCCCCCAGGGAAGCCUGCCCCGCGGCCAGAAGGGCCUCCCAAACCCCCCUUCAAGUCAAGGACGCGAGCUGGAGACGCCGACAUUCCGAAGAGAAUGCUGAACACACAGCCACGCGCCACCGUCCCCGUCCCGCGCGGCGCCGCCGCACGCCUGCCCGCGCGAACCCCGACCACCCGCGUCCCCGCCCCGCGUUCCCUCCCUCUCCCCGUCAGGGCCGCCGCGCCGCACCCCGCUGCUGGGCCGAGCCUGUUUUCUCCGCAAGCGCGCCCCGCACGAGACCCGGGCCCCCAGGCCCCCAGGCCCCCCUCCAGGGCGCGCGCUCAGCGCCCGUCUCCGCCGCGUCCGCCAACCCCGCACGCCCCCGGGAGCGAAAAGCGCCGAACGCACGAGCGCGGAGGCGGCUCCCCGGGCAAGGGCAGGGCAGGGGCCGCCAGGCAGGGCGCCCAGAAGCCCACGAGCACCGGCUGGCGCGCGGCGCCGCGCGAGCAGCAGAGAAGCCCGAACCGGCCGCAGGCGGGCGCACACGCGGAGAGAGCGCGCCUGCCCUCCUCCCGCGGCCCCCCGGGCCCGCCGCGCCCCGCUCUAGCCGGGAAGCCUACCGCCAGCCCACACCCGCAGAACAGCCGCCGAGGGCCCGCCCGCCGGCAGCGCCCUCGGGGCUGGGGAGGCCUCUCCGCGCCCCGAGAGCCCUCCGCCCGCACGGCCCCCUCCCAGCAGAAGCUCCGGUACUGGGAGCGGCGCCGCAGACGGGUUCUCCCGCCAGCCGGGCGCCGGGCGUCUCGCGUCGGCCGGCGGGCAGCUCCGGGCGCGCGCCCCCGCGGGCCUCACGGGCCUACCCCCUCGCGGCCCGGCCCUCCCUGGGCCUCCCAACCGCCGGCGCGGGGCCCCCAGGACGCGGGGGGAGCCCGGCCCCCGGCCUCACCUCGGCCCCCGGCCCCACACGCGACCAGGGCCCGGGUCAGCGGGGCCGCCGGGCCCGCCCCCGCCCGCGAGCAGCGCUCACCGAGCACGCGGGGGCCGGCGGCGAAAGGCGCGGCGGGGCGACGGCCGGGGCUCCUCGGCUCCGGUGCGGCGACGCGGACGACGGCGGCGGCGGUCCUCGCGCUUUCCUUUCUCUCCUUUCUCCAGCAACAAACAGGAAGUGCGUCACGCGGCGGCGGCGGCGCGGGGACGACACUUCCGCCCGGCCCUGACGUCGCGCAUGCGCCCCGCCCCAGCCUUCCCGAAGGUUCCGCGCGGCCCGGGCCGCGGCGGGCGGCGCGCGUGCGCAGUGGAGGCCCUGUCGCCGGCGCGGGGGCCGCGGGGCCGGCGGCGUGCGCGCCCCCGGGGCCCCAGGUGUGGCUGGCGGAGCCGCCCCCCGGCGUGGACGCGGGCGCCGCGAGUCUGGGCCUCCCCGCUGGAGCGCAGGGGCCGCGCUCUGGGCGGCGCAGAGCCUCGCGGGGCCGCGUGGUGACCCGGAGCCGGCGCCCUGGGCCCGCCGCCCGGCCUGCCGGCGGGUGCUGCGCCUCUGCCCGGGCUGGCGGCGCCUCGGGCGGCAGCGCACCUGAGAGGGAGCCGCGGGGGCGCGGGGUCCCGGGCGCGGGCGGCCGCGGGCGCCUCGCUCCCGCUCCAGGACGUCCACAAGGGAAGGCGCGGCGCAACGCCCGUCUGUGCGCCGAGCCGCGGCGUGAGGAGAGCCCCGGCGGAGCCGCGAGGCGCCCUGCGGAGUGCUCAGCGUCUCCGGGGCUCCGCGGGCGCCAGAGCGGACCCUGCGGCUUCGAGGCCGGCUCCGCACGUGGCGUGGGCCCGGGGGGCGGCGCCGCGGGGACGUGGACGGGAGCGGGGGGCCCUGCGCUGUCCCCCGGGGGGCGGGAGGGAGCGACGCGGGGAGAGAGCCUCGCCUCGCCUCCUCCUGUGGGCCGCGGGGAAGGUCAGCCGUGUGCGCUUGGCGCGCAGUGACGCUCAGUAAAUCACGGCCGCUCUGCGUCGGGGCCUCGCCGAGAAACCGGUCCGAGCGUGGACGUCUCCCAGCAGAGCGUGCACGUGCAGGGGGACACUGGUAGGCAUAGCCCCGCUCGCCCGCCCGCGCGCGGAGCGGGCCAAGCCCAUCGCGAAGAAUAACGUGUGUGAAAAUGUGCCCUGAGGCAGUACGUGCAGGAACAGAAUGAAAGAAGGACAUACAAGGUGACACCACUGGCCACCUCGUGGCGU